GAGAGCAAAGGUGUCGAUCGAUCCCACGCGCUUUCUCUGUGUGCGUGCGCGCGCGCGCGCGGGUAUAAAUUGCUUCAGCGCCGAAGCACGUGUAUUUAAUGUUCAGGUGAAAGCGCGGCGGUGGUCGUGAAGCCGCUGAGGACGAGGGUUGCGGGUCCGAAGAGGUUUCAGCUGUGGUGACAAAGAAAGAGAGAGCGAGAGAGGAGUCCGCAGUCGGAGCGACGUGAUCAUGGACUGCGCGAUCUUCGCGCUCUUGCUCGUGUCCCUGGCGUUUUCUCAAGCCAGAGUGGUGACGGUUCCUGCUGGCCCGCUCAUCCGUGUGGAGGGGCAGACAGUGUCAAUUCGCUGUGACGUUUCCGACUACGAGGGCCCCAGAGAGCAGGACUUCGAAUGGAAGUUGCUUCAGAAUGGCAAUAGUUUGGGACUCGUCUCCACUUUUGACAGCAGUUUCCCCCACUCAUCCUUUAAGGACCGUGUGAACAGCGGUGCACUGACAAUUGUCCGGCUUGGUGACAGUGAAGUGGAGCUCAGGCUUAAGGGAGUGACCGCUGCAGAUAAUGGCAUUUACCAAUGCAGCACACCAAGCACAGACAGCAGUGUGGUGGGCAACUACGAUGCUGAAGUUGAGCUGAAAGUGAUUGAGAACAGACUAAAGGUAGUGCCAGUGGCAGCCCCAGGAGUGGUUCUAGAGGGAAACCCACUGGAACUCCUGUGUAACGCCACUAGGGACCCAGUAACCUCUACAUACUUGUCAGUGACUUGGUCCAUCAGGAAAGGAUCACUAUCCCCUCAGGAAAUCUUGACUUUUGGUCCAGAUGGUCAGGUAACAGCUGAUGCUGGUUCCGCUCUGCGCUAUGCUAAUAAAGGCCUUCAACUGGACAUGCGUAGGAGUGGCACUUAUGGUCUAAUAUUGACUGAGGUUCUGCCCAGUGACCAGGGCACAUACACAUGUACAGCCAGAGAGUGGGCACUGGAUGGAGGGCGCGUCUGGCAAAAAAUCUUGGAAACGACCGUGGUGCUCGGUGAUGUCAAAGUCGUGCCCAUUGGUCAGAACCUCAAGGUGUCUGUGGAGAACAAAACUACUGUUGAUGUAGGCAGCACUGUCCCCCUGACCUGUACGGUUUCCGCUGAUAACCUCCGUUCCCUUGCCCUGGAGAUCACAUGGUUGGUCAGCCCUACCGCUGGGGGUAGUUCCAACGCCACACUGGCCCAAAUGAGCCAUGAUGGCUUGGUGGUAAACGCAUCAGACCUUACUGGGCUCAGCCAGGUCAGUUUAGGUGUGUUCAGAUUGCUUCUACACAACGUGGACCAGUCCAGUUCCGGAUUGUACUCCUGCCGAGUGAGAGCCUGGGUUCGGCAGAGCAGUGGAGUAUGGUACCAGGCAGCGGAAAAAACAUCAGAACCAGCUAAGGUUGAAGUGACCCUGAUAGCCCCAGAAUUUGCAGUGAACUUGGGUGACCUUGUGGUUCCACAAUUCUCUGGGAAUCCUAUGGAGUUGGAAUGCCGUGUGGUGAAUAUAUCACACCUGAAGGAGGGCCGUUUAGGUGUGUCGUGGAUGUACACCAAGGUUACUCCAGCUGACCUGCCCACCAGUACACAGGUUAUUGGCACGCUGGACCAGCAUGGGGAUCUGAUGCCAGGCAGCGCAUACCAGCAACGUAUAGAGAAGGGACUCAUCGUCUUGUCUAAAGUGAAACCUGAUGCCUUCAAGUUGCGUUUCCUCCAAAUGAGGGAUACUGAUAUGGGUUCCUACUCCUGCAACGUCUCUACCUGGACCCACACUCAGGAUGGUGCCUGGCUGAAGGCAAAGGAGGUCCACUCCAGUGAUAGAACCAUUCGCUGGACUCCCAAAAACCCGACCCUUAGCGUGAAUGCCAAGUCUGUGAGGGUCGCCGAUUCCUCUGGCUCCACAUUUGAGAUGAGCUGCCAAGUGACAGGAGAGAACCUACAGGAGCCAGGAUACUCCAUACUGAUCCGAAAGGAAACUGCUUCUGGGGAAAUAACCAAGCAAAUUGUCUCUCUGAGCCAAGACUCGGUGCUGAAGCUGGAGAGACAGGACGAACCCGAUGGCGUGAUGCUGGACAAAACAGGACCAGGGCAGUUCCGUUUCAGGCUGUAUGGAGCACAGAUCUCUGACAACGGUCUUUACUUCUGUGACGCAACUGCUUGGACCCGUGAUGCUGGGAACAGCUGGGUCAAAGCUGUGAGCGCAGAGUCGAACAGAAUUCCUGUGGCCUUCACUGUUUCAGGUCCAUCUUUCAACAUUUCUGUUCGUUUGGAUUCAACACCUAUCUACCGUGGAGAAACGGCCACAGUGGAGUGUGUUUUAACUGCCCAAGGCGUGUCUUCCAGUUUGGGUGCCGUGUCCUAUGACGUGCAGUGGUUCCUUACUCCUCUCCAUGGAUUUGACAGCUCUUUCCUAUUGGCUAGCAUCAACAGGUGGGGUGUGGUUAACAGGAACCCCCAUAAUGGCAGUAGCACGUGUAGCCUUGAGCGCGUGGAUGCCGGGACCUUUAGGCUCAGUAUCCACCAGGCCAGUAAUACAGAUGCAGGGGAUUAUUAUUGCAAGGCCACACCUUGGGUGCAGUCCUCUACUGGUACCUGGACCAAAGGCCUUGACAUCAUCUCUGACAAGAUCUUGCUUGCAAUCAAAUUUUCAGCGGAGGACUCCCUGAAGCUACCAUUGCUGUCUGGGAUUGGUGCCUCUCUGGCUGUGGGGCUUUUCGCCAUACUCACAGGGUACAUCUUUGCUUGGUGUUGCUACCGAAGCAGCUCCCAAGACGUUCGGUCCCGCAACAGGCUGAUGGACAUAGAGAUGGACUGAGACCAAGGGUCCUGGCCUAGGAAAUGGUCUGGCACCUCCUCAUGACCAACACUGUGACAUCUGCCUGAGUUCCUACUUGCUUACCAGCAACUACAGUUUUGGUUCCAGGGACUGAUGGAUGGACUAUGUUCCUUCUGCCUAGUUACAGAAACUCUUUACAAGGAACAGUUUAUACUUCAAUGAUAAGACCACUCUAAUGAAGUUUUUCUGCUGAUAAUUGUAUUGCACUGAACUCAGGAAAACAUUACCAGCAGGGGAAAAAAAAAACAUUUGCCUUAAUGCUGGUCUACAACACAAUGGGUUAUUUGCUUUCCUGUGCCAAAAAGAAUUGCUGAACGUCUCAAUAGAGCCAUACGGAGAGGAGUGAUGAUUGAGGUUGUUCACUAUGCAUGUUUGUUCAUCCCCGUCGUUCUAGUAGAUUCUUAACCCUUCUGCACCAUUUCACUCAAGGGUUAUUUCUGACAACAGAAGGACGAACCACGAGUGCGCUGUUACUUAUCCUGGGCAUGUUAGGCAGUACCUCAAGUCUGUGAGGUUCUUCGUGUUGUCUGUAGGCUCUGUUUUCAUUUGUGUCAGUGUGCAGAUUAAGAACUAUGAACUUCUUUAAGGUGUUCACACAUCUGGUGCUAACUAACAUGCUAACCAAAUGGCUGCCUGGCUGCUGUGCGACACACUACCUUGAGCUUUUUUUUUUUUAAAUCUACAGCGUAACUUGACGUGCCUUUCCUGUCAGGAAUCGAAACAAAAGGAAGAGCUAUGGAGAUCUUUAAGGGCUGUUUACAGAUGUCAGAACUGUGUGUGCCUCCCUUACACUAGCGCUUUCACACAAUAGUUUGCAGUCCAGAUAUUUGCUGGGGACUCUCUCUCACACUGCCAGCACAAGUGAACAAAACAUCCCUUGUAAGGAGAGCAGUUGUUCAUGGCACAUCAUUGCAGAUGAGUGCUAGGACCCAUCUGGGGAGUUUGGUCAUGUGACUUGCAAGUCGGAGCACGACCCCUGUGGCGGAUCAUCACCACAUUGGUUAGGAAGGAAGGAAGCAGUCCGAGCUGAAGGUGUGCUUCGCCCUGCAGACGCACACACCAAAGUGUUGUCCUUUUAGCUCUGCUCUUUUUAUUUUUGAUGUGUAUAUUUUGUGAGUUUGCACAAGUGUUUUGAAUGGUAGUUUUAGAAAAUUUUUUUUUUGUAAUAUUCCAACAGAUUAUUUUAGUCAUGUUUAGCUCAACUUAAUUUUCAGAAUCUUGGAAUUUUAAAUAAAUUUAAAAAAAAAAAAAAAACACUUUUAAAGAACUGUCCUCCGUUUCUUGCAUAUCUGUUGGUUAUGUGCUGCUCAGUGUUGUCAGUAGCUUUCCCCCCCAUUUUUGGGAUGUGUUGGAUGCGUGUGCGCGCACACCUUUUUCUUUCAAGAAAUGGCAUAAUGGGACUAGGUGUUCACUUCAGGUUCUGGAGGGCCACAGUUCCUGUAUAACUUUUCAAUGUACCAGAUCACUCAAGCACUUUAUUGGUUUAAUACAUAUGAUUUGUUCAGUUUAAUUUUGGUCUUAUUGACUGUUCAGAGAGCUAAAAUGCAUUCAGAAAGCCUGUGGUGUUAAGUGUUACUGGGCCAGCUUUGUGCACUAUAAUUUCUUGCAUGUUCCUUCUAUACAUGUCUUGCAUCUGGUUGGCUUCCAUCUUCCAGCCUGCAUCAACUAGCAGUGAUACUUUAACUGAUUUACUUUGCCCAUGUAUGGCAAAAAAGGGUGCAUCUAUUGGCACUAACAGAGCUCAGGAGUGCUGUUAGCCCUUCUGCACUGUCGUAGAGUUGAUGUACCCUGGAAGAUUCCUACAUUCCUGAGGUCUUUGCUUUCACUUGCAGUGGUUUGUUCAAGUUGCUGUUAUCUCUUUAUUCUCCAUGGGGGGCCUGUCUCUUAUUUCUAUCACAUGACUGCCACUUCUAACAAAGCCCCGAGCAGCAGCUCUGAACCUUCUUUGAACCACAAGGUCAGCGACAUUGUCCUGCACGACAUACGUGCAGUGCUGGGUUUAAACGUGCUGCGUGGAUUAAGGGCUCCCUUCCCAUGUAUUGAAAGCGUGCACUCUAUGCCAGAGUUAAAACUUGCUCCACACCCCUAUGACUUGCAUCUACAUGUUUGCUGAUCUGAGUUGCAGAUGUAGAAAUGUUGAACCUUUAACUUCAGAGUCAUAGUUGGUAAACCUUAAUUUUUUUUUUUU